AAGAUUCUCCCGCAAGAGGCUAAAGUCCUACCCCGAGUCUUGGAUUUCUCGCUGCUCUUUUUGGUGCUCACCACGUUACUUCCUCGUCAUCGCGAUGUCCAAAGCUACACGAUCCAUUUGUAGCAAUAGAAAAUGUUUCCUUGAAAUCUCAAUCCGCCAGCGAGCACAUCAUCACGUCGUCGCUGCCGCAGAGGCGAGGUGGGAACUUGCGGCCUACCUCACCUUGCAAAGAGUCAAAAUCUACCCCACCUUGAGGCCAUUACUGCUGUCCUCCCCUUGCGCAGAUCUAUCUCUGAGAACCCUGUUGUGGUCUCAGAAAGAGACACAGAGAGAUCCCCUGCGGGGAAGACGGCCGUGACGCCGAACAGAGCAAGAUGCGGUUCACCAAACCCAGGAUCUCUCCUUUUCCUUUCCUCUACGGCCUCCGCCGUAGCAGUGCGUAGCUCCUUUUGGCUUCGGUUCUACGAGUAGGAGCAGCAGCUCACGAGAUUGGAAGCGGGUGGAAGAAGUCAUAUGCCGUGUAAUUAUCUUUCCCGAGGAGAGAACGCCAGAAAGAAGAGAGAGAGAGAGGGGAGGAGAUCGUACGAAGAGUUAGUCCGGUAGCUAGGCUGCCUAAAGCUAGGACAUUGUUGAGACCCCCGGCAAUGGGCCGGGCAACGAGGUGGCUGAGGAGCCUCCUGGGAAGGAAGAAGGACGCCAAGGUUCAAAAGGAGGAUGCCGGUUCCGAUGGCUACCCAACGAGAGACAAGAAGAGGUGGAGCUUCGCGGAGCCACGGCAGCCUUCUGACGGGAGCGUGGCUCGUAGUCCGGCGUCGGCACUGGAGACGGCGUGGUUGAGGUCCUUCUACGACGACGGCGAGGUGGAUGGCAAGCGUGCCAUGGCCGUGGCGGUAGCCACCGCGGCCGCAGCCAAUGCGGCGGUGACGGCAGCUCAGGUCGCGAUGGUGCGGCUGAAGAGUCUAGGGAGAGGAAGAACGGCCACACAUGGCAGGCACGAGUGGCGGGCGGCUGUUAAGAUUCAGACGGCCUUCAGGUGCUACUUGGCGAAGAAAGCUCUUCGAGCUCUCAAAGCUCUGGUCAAGCUGCAGGCUCUUGUCAGAGGUCAACUUGUGAGGAAGCAAGCAGCCGCAACCCUCCGCGGAUUGCAAGCUCUGAUGCGAGCCCAGUCGGUCGCCAGGCCGGGAGAACCUCGUGUUCUGCCCCAGCAAGGCCGAAGAUUCAACGCAGAGUUCUGCCGUCGUAGAUCCUUCGAAAGGCUUAAUGCCAGGGACGCCAGUUGCAAGCAUAAGGGAUCAAAACAGAGCGAUGGGUUCGACAGGAGUCCGAAGACCAAAUCCAGGUCAUUCCGGAGAACAUCCCCUUCCAACAUCAACGCGCUUGAAGAACCAGCGGUGCCGAUCUCCUCUCCGCUUCUAUACCAGGUUCCGCGACGCCUCUCCAUCCCCACCUGCCGGAGCUCCGAAGACUACCAUGUCUGCCGAAACCCCGACAAGUCGCCCUACUCCAUGACAACACAAAGUACUCCUCGCUUCACCCCGGGAACUCCGAGCCCCUCCGACCUCCCAAACUAUAUGGCAAGCACGACGUCGUUCGUGGCGAAGGCGAGGGCGCAGAGCGCACCGAAGCAGAGGCCGGAGAAGACCAGCCCGAGGAAGAAGGCGUCGGCAAUUGAGGUGGCGGCCGGUGCAGGUGGAAGGUGGGCUGUGGGGAGGCUGGAGAGGUCUCCUAAGGUGGUGGCGAGGGAUUACUUCUCGGGUAGUCUGUGGUGAAGAGGCAGAGUAGCUGCUUAGAGUUGUGAGUGAUGUGCAGUUAUCCUACUCUGGUUUGAAUGAAUGCGUUGCACUCUUCAACCUUUUA